GCGGGCCGGCUCCGGGGGCGACUCGGCGAUGGCGGCGCGGCGACAGGAGCGGUCGGCCUAGGCCGGGAACCGCGCCGCCGAGCAUGGCCGCGCUGGGGCCGGCCGCCGCGGGUGAGCAGGGCCCGGAGCCCGAGGCGGAGGCGGGCGCCGCGGGGCCGCCGCCGCCCUCUCUGGGGCCCCUGCUGCCCCUGCCGCGGGAGCCGCUGUACAACUGGCAGGCGACCAAGGCGUCGCUGAAGGAGCGCUUCGCCUUCCUCUUCAACUCGGAGCUGCUCAGCGAUGUGCGCUUCGUGCUGGGCAAGGGCCGCGGCGCAGCCGCCGCCGGGGGCCCGCAGCGCAUCCCCGCGCACCGCUUCGUGCUGGCGGCCGGCAGCGCCGUCUUCGACGCCAUGUUCAACGGCGGCAUGGCCACCACGUCGGCCGAGAUCGAGCUGCCCGACGUGGAGCCCGCCGCCUUCCUGGCGCUGCUGAGAUUUCUAUAUUCGGAUGAAGUUCAGAUUGGCCCAGAAACAGUCAUGACCACUCUCUAUACGGCCAAGAAAUACGCAGUUCCAGCCCUGGAAGCGCAUUGUGUGGAAUUUCUCACCAAGCAUCUUAGGGCAGAUAAUGCCUUUAUGCUGCUUACUCAGGCUCGAUUGUUUGAUGAACCGCAGCUUGCUAGUCUUUGUCUAGACACAAUAGACAAGAGCACGGUGGACGCAAUAAGCGCGGAGGGCUUCACCGACGUGGACAUAGACACACUUUGCGCAGUUCUAGAAAGAGACACGCUGAGCAUUAGGGAAAGCCGGCUUUUUGGAGCUGUCGUGCGAUGGGCAGAAGCAGAAUGUCAGAGACAACAACUGCCUGUGACUUUUGGAAACAAACAGAAAGUUCUGGGGAAAGCGCUCUCCUUGAUCCGGUUCCCGCUGAUGACUAUCGAGGAGUUCGCAGCAGGGCCUGCUCAGUCCGGAAUCUUGUCAGAUCGUGAAGUGGUAAAUCUCUUUCUUCAUUUUACUGUCAAUCCUAAACCCCGAGUUGACUAUAUUGAUCGGCCCAGAUGCUGCCUCCGGGGAAAGGAAUGCUGCAUCAAUAGGUUCCAGCAAGUAGAGAGCCGCUGGGGUUACAGUGGGACGAGCGACCGGAUCAGGUUCACAGUCAAUAGAAGAAUCUCUAUAGUUGGAUUUGGUUUAUAUGGAUCUAUUCAUGGUCCCACGGAUUAUCAAGUGAAUAUACAGAUCAUUGAAUAUGAAAAAAAGCAAACCCUGGGACAGAAUGAUACUGGGUUUAGUUGUGACGGGACCGCCAACACAUUCAGGGUCAUGUUCAAGGAACCCGUCGAGAUCCUGCCCAACGUGUGCUACACGGCGUGCGCGACGCUCCGAGGUCCAGAUUCCCACUAUGGCACAAAAGGACUGAAGAAGGUGGUGCACGAGACGCCUGCCGCCAGCAAGACCGCCUUCUUCUUUUUCAGCUCCCCUGGCAAUAAUAAUGGCACUUCCAUAGAAGACGGACAGAUACCAGAGAUAAUAUUUUACACGUAACUUAGCAUUAUAAUACUCUUGGCCAAAUAGACCAUACAGUCUAGUCUCAAAGGCAUAAAAAACUGGCCAUAAAAAAUAGUUUGAGUGUCAUGAAAAUAAUUGUAAGAUAAGAAACAUUUUAGUUUCUUGGAUUAGAUUAAAAAAACUGAUAUACAUCUCUGCAUGAUUUAAAGACAGACUUCCCAUUUUCUUGUACCUUUAGUGAAAAAGAGAACUGGGUUUAAAUGUUUUUAAAAAGUGCAGCUAUUGCAGCUUUAUCUUGUGUAAUUUCGUAUAUCAGCUUAUGGUCUUUCAACAGUUUUAUAAUUGAAAGAUUUGUUUUGUAUAGCUGGGUUUUGUUUCUGUUUUUCUAACUCUUGAAGGUCAGAUGAGAUGGGCAUAGAGGCUGAACUGUUUUGCACUUACAUGUGAUGAGAUAGGCCAGUAUUCCUGUAGAAUUCCUAUCAACUCAAGUAACUAAUUUCAGAAAAUUAAGAAAGCUGAUGUGUUAUAUUUGGAGUUUUGGAGUAUCUGGUUGUUAGCAUUUGGAAUAUUGUUAGAAUGUGUCUAAUAAAUGCCCAGGAAAAAUUUCAUUGCAUUUACAGGAAAGAAUAUUUUGUACUAGUAAUGUGUUACACAGACAGUUUUAACUAUAAAUAGAAUUUCUACAAAUUCAUAAUAAUGUGAUAUAAACAAAGGAUCUGAAGGUGUAUUCUAAGACUGGAUUCUUCAUCCCUAAAGGGCAUCACUACCUGACUGCUGCGGGGGGUGCUGCUGAGAGUCCCUCAGGUUGAGGUGGUGGUGGCCUUGGUGGUGUCUGGACACACGGACAUCAGUUCCCUGUCGUGGCGAUCAUCUCCCCCAACAAGAAGCAAGACACGUUUCUAACAGCCACUCUUGAGAUUUUACAGACGUCCAGUGGAAUCGCUCUUGCUGAAAAGGAAACUUUGUGUCACCGACACAGUUCUACCCAAGAAGUAAAAUGUUUACUAUUCAUAACGCCACAAAUGUCACAGGCACAGCUGUAUGGAGGGUGGGUCGGAGGUCCAUCUGGCAGAUGUGACAUUUAUACACUUUCUAUAAAGUAAAAUUUUUAUAUAAAAGUUUUCUUUGCCUUGAAAGUGAUUAUCUUAUAAAAACAACGGGUAAUUAGGUUUAAGGUAUAUCAAAUAGUUGUGGAAGAUGGUUAAAAAUGACAAUUCUUUUAAGUAUCAAAAAGAAUUGACUUUUUUUCUAAAUAAUGCUAAUUAGGAUAAACGUUUUUCAUCUAAGGUAGUAUUUUGUUUUAUAUAUUCAAGAAGGUAGUGACCUGGGUUGGUAGCACAGGUCUCAACAGUGCUGAGAAGGGAAGUUCUCCUGUCUGGUCACAUGACCUCAAGGAUGUAAACCUGGUAACUGGAGUGUCUGGAAUGUGUGAACUAAAGGUGAACCAGCGAACACUCUGUAGUAACCACCGUGGAAAAUACUUGGACCUUUAAAGUGCGUUGUGCUCUAGGUCAGCUGUUUGACGUGCGAGGCAUUUCAGGUGUGUUGCACUGAGCAGUGAUUAUAACUGAAGGACACCCGGAAGGUGCAAGAAAACAGCUGUUUACUGAGAUGGGACAUCCCCUGGAAUAAAAAAAUAAAGAUUUGUUUAUCCUAUUUA